AUGGCAAUUCAAUUUGUAGCACCAAAGCUUGUUGAUGGAGAAAUUGAAGUGGAGAUUGAAGAUGAGGAUGUUGAAUUAGAGGUGAGAUUUUGGGAGUUUUCUAUAAUAAUGUAUGUAAUUGGAGCUAACCUUAGCAUGAAUGUUGUGAAUAGUUACAUGAUCAAAUUCUGGAAUUUGGUCAAAUUGCCGAAAACGUAUUACAAUGAUGAUGGCUACUUCAUGCUGAAGUUCAAAUCGAAACGAGAUAGGGAUGGAAUGAUGAUGAAGAGGCCAUACACAAUCCACAACAUGCCGAUGAUUCUAAUGGACUGGAAACUAGAUUUCUCCAUAGAGUGUGACAUGCUGAGAGCACUUCCUAUUUGGAUUAAACUUCCGUAG